AUGAUCGAAAGCCGCGUGAUCCGUGCUACCGAUACGGCGCGUACCGUUGCAAUGCGGCGUACGGACCACCGUUUCGACCCGUACGGUACGCAGCCGACGGAGCUCCCAGACGAGGACUUUAUGACGAAUCCUUCGCUGGCCAUGGACGCUUGUUUCACCGCUUUCGACAAGGAUGGAGAUGAUCGGCUUUCGCUGAACGAAUUUACACUGAUCUGCAGGGCACUGUUCCGGAAUGAUAAAGGUCACAUCUACGUGGUACCAUCCGAUCGUCUGGAGCAGAUGUUCGCCGUGUUCGACAAGAACGAGGACGGCUACAUCGAUCGGGAGGAGUUUCAGUUUUGCUGGAACCAGUGGAUCAAGACGAUCGUGCGCCCCAUUAGCGCCUUUCUCAUCGUCGACGUCCAGAACGACUUUAUCAGCGGUUCGCUCAACAUCAGCAACUGCAGCGCGCAGCAGAACGGACUGGAGGUUAUCGAGCCGAUCAAUAAGCUGCUGGAUACGGUUGACUUCGAUGCGGUGUUCUACUCGCUGGAUUGGCACCCGAGCGAUCACGUUUCCUUCAUCGACAACAUCAAACAGCGUCCGAUUCAUCCGACCAGCCCGCUGAAUGCGGAUAACGCGCAGGUUUACGAUACGGUCAUCUUUGCCGGACCACCACCGAUGAAGCAACGGCUCUGGCCACGUCACUGCGUACAGGAUUCCUGGGGUUCUGAGCUGCACAAGGAUUUGAAGGUGGUCGAGCACGGCGUGAAGGUGUACAAAGGCACCAACCCGGAGGUGGACUCGUACUCGGUGUUCUGGGAUAACAAGAAGCUCUCCGACACGACGCUGUGCGCUCAGCUGCGGCUAAAAGGCUCGACCGAUAUCUACGUGUGUGGACUAGCGUACGACGUGUGUGUCGGUGCAACGGCCAUCGAUGCACUGUCGGCCGGCUACCGGACAAUACUGAUCGACGACUGUUGCCGGGGAGUCGAUCUGAAUGAUAUCGAGAGCACCAAGCAGACGGUGAUUUCCAGCAAUGGCGUCAUCGUGUCAUCCCGCGAGGUCAAAGCCAUGGUGGAGGGCCGGGACCGUCGCCCGGAGCUCGGCUACAAGUUGGCGAUGGAGUUGAAAAAUUCCGAAUCGGACCUGUCGAAGAACAACGCCUGCCGACGGCAGUCCCAGCAGCAGCAGCAACAGCAACAGCAGCAACCAUCACAGUAA